AUGUGGUUGGUAUUAUAUCCAAAGGUCUCUUUGAGCUUCCGACCACAUGUGUGGCCAGUCUCAGCGAUGCCAAGACUUGCCGAUCUUUCGGGAAUAGGGUGGAUGCAGAUAGAAGUCUGCUGGCUAGACAAGUGGUUUGAAUUGUGCUGCAUAGUUAUCGGUGGCAAAAUCGAGUUUAACAUAGAUGAACUCAUCAAAUUCAUCUUAUUUGAAGCAGAUUCGCUCAAUGUGGCGGUUAUUGAGGUAUCAAUAGGAAAUGAUAUUGAUUUGGGAGGUGGUGCUGAUGACGAUGAAAUGAAUGCUGUGCCAAAAUUCAUGAUAUUUGAAUUCGAUUGGGAAGAAGAAGAGUAA